UUGAGCUGUUGCAGAGGCAGCCAACUGCUCCAUAUUUGGCUUCUAUUACCCAUUUACAUGCUGGAGAGGAGAGGGAGCGAGCUCUGUACCGCAGACAUCAUUUCUACUACAGUGGUGGAGACAUCCCGGACCUGUGUCACUGCAGGGGGAAGGAAAAAAACCAAACAAACAAAAAAGCAGACCCAAGCCCCGUGAUCAGCUAGGAAGACAUUUAUGUGCGAGUCUCUCUCUGACCCCCCCCACCAACCCCACCUCCACUGACACUUCACAUCACAUCGCAGGCCAAACCAGAUGGGCAAACAGUACAAGCUGUGAAUUUAUUCUUGACCCCUGUAGGACAGUGACCACCUUCAUUUUUGUCUUCACCGUACAGAUAUGCACUGCCAAUAAGUGAAAAGGUCAAGAACAGCAGUAGCUCAGUGGCUGAAUUUUUCAGAAGUGCUUUACAGCAGGGAAAGUGGGGAAACCUCUUAAAGUGGUGUCUUAUUCAGAAAACCAGAAAAUUUCCUCCAUCACAGUUAAAUCUCUUUUCAUUUGACAAACCCUGAUUUGCUGCUGCUGUUUCUGUAAGGAUCAGAUGGGUAAUGGAAGCUGUACAGCAAAUUAAUAUCCUGGAGCACAGGGAAAGAGUUUUAAUGCAGAACACCAGAAGCAAAAGGCUGCAACAUCUCCUGUGAGAGACGUGGAAAAAGGAGAUUUACAAUUGCAUCUUGAAACACUCAUAUGAUUUGAGCUCUAUCUUACUUCAUUUGAAAGAGGAAAGCCACUGAGGGUCUGUGAGCAAUCCAGCAGUUUCUGAAAAAUCUUCAUGCUCAAGGAUAAUCCAGAAUUCCCUGGAGAAGAACAUAGUGAAUGUUAAUCCAGAGGAGCUGUCAGACGAUCGUGCUCACGGGGAGAUGAUUCCUCAUGAAGUCACUGGAUCCCUUGCAGAAAUCAAAUGUGACUUUCCAUUUAUCAGACUGAAAUCAGAGCCAGCCAGACAGUGAAGCAAGCACAGUGGAGGGGGGACGGCGAAAGAUGAAAUCCAACCAAGAGCGGAGCAAUGAAUGCCUGCCACCUAAGAAGCGAGAAAUCCCUGCCACCAGCCUGCCUUCAGAGGUGAAGCCGGUCCUGCCAAACGAAAACCACCGUGCAGAUAACCUAGCAUGGCUCCCCAGCACACCCAGCAGCCAGGGCGGCCUGGGGGCCCGGCACCGGCCCGGGGGGACGUCGUCGGUGGAGACAGGCUUGCAGCAGGGUUUGCACAAGUCGCUGUCUACAGGGCUGGACUAUUCCCCGCCAAGCGCGCCCAGGUCCGUUCCAGCCUCCACCACUCUUCCCACGGUGUACUCACCUGCCCUCUCCCAGUCAGGGACCCCCGUUUCCCCCGUGCAGUACACGCAUCUGCAACACACCUUCCAGUUCGUCGGGCCCCAGUACAGCGGAUCGUACACCGGAUUCAUCCCCUCACAGCUGAUUUCCCCAACAGCCAAUUCCGCGACUGGCGCCGUGGCGGCAGCCACGGCCGUUGCGACCACUCCAUCCCAGCGCUCCCAGCUGGAGGCUUAUUCCACUUUGCUGGCCAGCAUGAGCGGCUUAAGCCAGCAGGGGCACAAGGUUGAGCCACACCUGGUCAGGACGCCUGGACUGAUCGCCGCCGGGUCUCCUCCACCCACCCAGCAGAACCAGUACGUCCACAUUUCCAGCUCUUCCCAGAGCACCGUCAGAAACGUCUCUCCUCCAACCAUCCCGGUCCCCUUGCACCCCCAUCAGACCGUGAUCCCACACACCCUCACCCUCGGCCCUUCCUCCCAAGUGGUGGUGCAGUACACCGACUCGGGGGGCCACUUCGUCACCAGGGAUCCCCCCAAGAAGCCCGAGAGCAGCCGGCUGCAGGCGAUGCAGGCCAAGGAGGUACUGAACGGCGAGAUAGAGAAGAGCCGGAGGUACGGCAUUUCACCCUCUGCUGACAUGGGUCUAGUCAAAGCAGGCAAUAAACCAGCUCCCCAUCAUUACGAGACCAGGCAUGUGGUGGUCCACUCGAGCCCCGCUGAGUAUGGCGCACGGGAUUCCUCAGGUGUCCGAGCCUCCGUCAUGGUGGUCCCCAACAGCAGCACACCCACAGCAGACAUGGAGGUGCAGCAGGCCACCAACCGCGAGACCUCUCCCUCAGCUCUCAACGACAAGGGAAGCUUGCACUUAGGAAAGCCAGCCCACCGGUCCUACGCCUUGUCUCCGCAGCAGGCUCUGGGCCAUGAGGGGGUGAAGGCGGUGGCCACGCUGUCCCCUCACACCGUCAUUCAGACCACCCACAGCGCCUCUGAGCAGCUCCCUGUUGGGCUGCCAGCGACGGCCUUCUACGCCGGGACCCAGCCGCCAGUGAUCGGCUACCUGAGCGGUCAACAGCAAGCCAUCGGGUACCCCGGCAGCCUGCCGCAGCACUUGGUGAUCCCUGGCACCCAGUCCCUGCUGAUACCGGUCGGGGGCGCGGACGUCGAGCCGUCAGGAGUGGCACCUGCCAUCGUGACGUCGUCUCCUCAGUUUGCAGCAGUGCCUCACACGUUCGUCACCACCGCCGUCCCCAAGAGCGAGAACUUCAGUGCGGAGCCCCUCACCACCCAGCCUGCCUACCAGGCCACCAUGGUGCAAGCGCAGAUCCACCUGCCCGUGGUGCAGUCCAUCGCUUCCCCUGCCUCCGCGCCUCCCACGCUGCCCCCCUACUUCAUGAAGGGGUCGAUCAUUCAGCUGGCCAAUGGGGAGCUGAAGAAAGUAGAGGACUUGAAAACAGAAGACUUCAUACAGAGCGCGGAAAUUAGCAACGACCUGAAAAUAGACUCCAGCACUGUGGAGAGGAUUGAAGACAGCCAUAGCCCAGGCAUUGCCGUGAUACAGUUUGCGGUUGGGGAGCAUCGAGCACAGGUCAGCGUGGAAGUCUUGGUAGAAUACCCUUUUUUUGUAUUUGGACAAGGCUGGUCAUCCUGCUGCCCCGAGAGAACCAGUCAGCUCUUUGAUUUGCCAUGCUCCAAACUCUCAGUGGGGGACGUCUGCAUAUCGCUCACGCUCAAGAACCUGAAGAACGGCUCUAUUAAAAAGGGCCAGCCCAUGGACUCAGCUAGUAUCUUGCUGAAGCAUUCAAAGAAUGACAGUCUAGCUGGAAGUAGACACAGGUAUGCGGAGCAGGAAAACGGGAUUAAUCAGGGAAGCGCACAGAUGUUAGCUGAGAACGGUGAACUGAAGUUUCCGGACAAAAUAGGAUUGCCUGCAGCACCUUUGCUCACCAAAACAGAACCCAGCAAGCCCCCGGCAACGAGGAAGAGGAGGUGGUCAGCACCUGAAACACGAAAACUAGAGAAAUCAGAAGAGGAGCCACCUUUGACUCUUCCCAAGCCUUCUUUUAUUCCUCAGGAGGUUAAGAUUUGCAUUGAAGGUCGAUCCAACGUAGGAAAGUAAAAGUUGUUUGGGGAAAGGAAAUUAGGCUAUCCCUCGUCAUUUUUAUCCAGAUUACUGUACUGUAGACUAAAUAACCCAGUAUUUACAUGUUAUCAUCUUAUUUUAGGUUUAUGUUAUAACCUUGUUGUUAUAGUUGCAGCUGGUAUUAUGCAGGAGACUGGUGCAUAUGUUUUUCCACAAGUGUUUGUCAGUGACUAGGUUUAUCGAGAGCUAUGGAAGGGGCAGUAUCUGCUUCACACACCCUUAGUGGAAAUGAAUGUGGUGUCAUGGCUCCUGUUUUCUAACACCUCGUGUAGGACAGGGUCCAGCUGUGAUUUUGUUUUCUUUUCGUCAGUUUUUUUUCUGUUUUGUUUUUGUUUUGUUGUUUUGGUUCCUGUUCUAGUUUUUCGGGGAGAGGUGAGGAGAGGGGAACUGUAGCAGAGGUGUAUGUCACGCGUGGGGUGCAUGUGUGUGUGCGUGCGUGUGCGUGCGUGCGUGUGUGUGCACGCCCGUCCCGAGGAGGGACUGCGGCUCUGUGGCGGGUUGGUGGAGAGGUUUCCUCACCCCGGGUGGAUGCUGAGGACACAACCCAUGGGUGUUACUGAAAAGGAUCGGACAGUCUCUGACGUUUUCAACAACAAGCCAACUCUUACUCAAGGCUCUACAGUAUAUAUAUAUAUAUAUAUGUGUGUGUGCGUAUAUAUAUAUAUAUAUAUUUUUGUGUGUGUAUAUGUAUAUAUAUAUUUUUUCCCCCCAUGGGGUCUGACUGCACUGAUUUUUAUUCCUAAAGCAACUGCCACACCAACAUUUCCUUUCUGCUUGCUAGUGCAGUUCCAUUGCCCGGAGUCAGCAGUCGGGGAGGCUGAAUGGACUCUUGCACCGGUUGCCCUGCAAGGUUUUCCUUCACGGCAGUGGGGUGGGCGAGUGGGCGCGUGCGUGUGGCGUGGGUGUGCGUGGGUGUGCGCGAGAGGAGGCCUCCGGCUCCGUGGAUGCGCCUGGCUCAGGCUCACUCCUGUUUCUGUGCAGUGUUAGACAAAUCGACCGGGUUACGCCAUUGACAUUUGCUUCCACAAGGUAGACGCAUACUGCCCCUUUGAGAUCACAGGCAUCCAUUGUUUGCAGUUAGGUUGCAAAUCUCUGUCUUUAACUCUAGUACUGUUUUUAGUUCAUGAUUAUGGACAACUGGUGCCACUUUUUUCAAAUUUCGGUGUGACACAGGAAUCCGCUGUUGAAGAUGAACCUAGAAUGUCUUUAAGCACUUAAAAUGCUGUUCACACUUUAUUGCUGAGCAUCCUGGUCUAACACUCAGUACGUACUGUAUCUCACUUAAAUCUGCUUGGAAAGCAACAACAACAAACAAACAAACAAAUCUCUUCAACACUGUAACUACAUGCAACUAUGUAAAGUUUUCUCACAGGCAAGAUGCUGAAAGUUUUAAUGUGGUUUCAAAGGGAUGAAUGUGAAUUAUUGAACUAGUAUGUGACAGUCAUUGUCCACAAAGGACUACUUAAUAGGAGGCACUUUUUAAACUUUAAUGCUUGAGAAAGAGUUAAAGGCAUAUGCGAGCUGACAGAUAAUUAAAAAAAAAAAGAGAAAGGAAAAAGGAAAGAGGAAAAAAAAUCAUUGUCCAGUGUUUCUGAAAAAGAUGGACUUUAAAGAAUCUUGCAAUUUGCACAUCUUGAGUUUAUCAUUUGUGUGGUAUUCCUGCAGUUUUUACCUAAUAAUGUUGUGGGUUGGGGGGGGGGUCUGAAAGAGCAUAAACAAAUGUAGCAAUUACUCACUAACCUGCCUACGCUCUAGGCCAUUUCAUAGGGUUGAGUUCCUUUCAAAGUUCAUUUUUGGUCUUUCUACCAUAUCUGCCACACAGAACCAGGUCCUACCGGGACAGCUCUGAGAAUUUUUCUUCAGACUUGCUGAGAGUUUUCCACAAGAAAUGUUUCUAUACGUGAGCAAGGUGUUUGUUUGUUUUGAAAACAAACCUAUUGUUAUUUUAUUAUUAUUAUUUGUUAUUUUAAUUGCAUCGUUUUCCAUUGGAAAGGCGAGAUUUCAAGAGUUUGGUACAAACCAAGUAGGAUUGGGGGGGGGAGGGGGGACUCAUGCUGUUCAGUCUUUUCUUUCCCCAGGUAGGGCCGGAUCCUUUGAGGUGCUGUGCACCCCAGCCUCCUGCACAAACCUCGGGGAGGUGCAAGUAUGAAGUACUUCGGGGCUGAGCGCUAAAGCCUGUUGCUGCCACUAGAAAGAUCCCGUUGAUUUCAGUGGGAUUGCGCUUGGGCCUUUACGUGAUCAAGCGUUCGUGUCGUUGUUUUUGGUUGGCGAGUUCGCAUCCUUCAGGUAGUUUUGAAGAAGCUGUACUGAUAGGGAGAAAAGGAGAUAAAAGUCCGUCAUUAGAAACGCAGUAACCUAAAGUGAACAAAUUUAUUUAAAAAUCUUGUUUUCCCUCUCCCCUAAAAUACAGUGCUUUUAUUUAAGAGAAGAAAUGUUAACCCCAAACCCCAGCUUUGACUCUGUUAUUUGUUACUUGAAAUUUAGCUCACACCAGAACUAAUUGUUUUUAUACCAUAUUCUGGGGUGCACCAAAAAGUUGAAAUAAGUUUAAAAUAGCUUGAAACUUUUCUUCAAUUUCCUUGAAUUUUAUUAACCUCUCGGCAGGCUACCAAAUAGCUGAGUGGGUUUCUUCUCACAGUCACACUGCUUAGUUAGUGCUUAUUUGUUAAUAUUUCUGCUCAGAGAAGUUGCUUAAUCUUCCAUAUACUCUGCUCAGGGCACUUGCAAUUUAUUGUUUCGUUUUGUUUCCUGUUUUGUUUUUAAGCUUUGAUGGUAAAGGAAUAGAAAGAAUUACAGAUUUUAGUUCACAGUCGUACCACUAUUUCCGUACUUCACGCAUACUCGGGAAAAAAAAAGAAAAUCUCAAGUAAAACCAUAUGCAUAUACAUUUGUGGUUAAUAAGGAAGCAGGGGCUAUUAAACUGACUGGAUCUAUUCAACUAACACUAAAAAAAAAAAAAAAAUAAUAAUAAUAAAAAAAUACAUUUGGAGCAAUAGGAAUGUAUUAGUUCUGUGCUUGUAUUUCAGACUGAGGAAUUCUGAAAUAACUGGUUCUUUCCAAACAAUUGUCCCUUUCCAUGCUUUGGCUUUUGUAGGACGUGCAAUACUUUACGUGCCAACUUAGACUCACCCGUGCGGUGUUAGCUAGAUCUCAUACCCACUUCUGAUUUCCCCUGGUUUUGUUCUUUUUUGAAUAGUUUCUUUCUCCCCUUUUUUUUUUACCUAUUAAUAACUCCCUAUCCCCUCCCCCCCGCCCAAAAAAAAAAGGGUCAAGCAUCCCUUGCCCCGGGAAACACCAACCCUUUUUGUAUUUGAUGUUAAAAAAAGAUCCAGGAAGGAAGAAAAAAAAAAUGUAUUAAUAUCUGCAUGUCGUCCGCCUGGACGACACACAGACGAGACCUGGCUCCCACUGCGGAGAGAAAAAUCCCCCUGGGGACCAAAUCCUUUGCAGAAGAGGGGGGAGCUUUGCCUCUCCUCCCGGCGCCAAGCAUCCCUUGCAGCGAGCCCCCGCACCUGGGGAAGUGCCAUCCGUCCCCGGGCGCAUGCAAAAAUACCACUCGCGGGCAUAAGAGAUGCUGAGGCGAAGCCAAAGGAGGAGGUUUAGCCGCUGCUUCUGCACGGCAUCCGCCUUGCAAUAGUAACUGACAGUAGUUUUCUUUCUUUUUUUUUUUUUUUCUUUCUUUUUUGUAACAGGCCUGUUUAGUUUACAACGAAACGCAUACAAUCACCAAGAAAUUAGUCAGGGCAAAGAAAAAUAAAACAAGAACCUCUUUAUAGGGAUUUCUAAAAAAAAAAAAAAUUAUCUAUCUAUCUAUCUGUCUAUCUAUCUAAUCUGUCUAUAUAUCUAUAUAUAUAUAAAAUGACUGUUCCUUAUAGUGUUUAACUUAGGCAUUGUUUCAGUUUGUCUGGGCCACAUCAUGGGGAAUUUGAGUUUGAUGUCACUUACCUCGAGUCCUCUGGUCAAGAACCAAAUUGGAGUCGCUCUUGACCUAUUUUAUCAUUUCGUACGUUGCCCUUGGGCUCGCUUUCCCUGGAAGAUGUGGACCUCGGGGGUGGGGGGGGACACACUUGUUCCUUUUUUUAAUUCCUUUUAAUUCCUUUGUUCCGCUGUCGCUUCGUUCGACCUGUCGUUCCCGUCAUUUUCUCGGCGUGGGGAAGUGACAUCACUACUCUUGUUUCCCUUAAAUCAAGGAACAUUUAGAAACCUUUCACACCUUUUACUCAGGGAUGGGGCUGGCAUAUGUGUGGUACACUGAUGUGACCAGAAGCAGCACUUUUACUGCUCCGGAGUAGGGAUGUACAAUGUUACAGACGAGUUUGGAUUUCCUGCAUCUCAUGGUUUAAAACUUUGUAGAUCUCACUUAGAUUGCAAUACAAAAGCAGCAGGCUCAGCGCGAACUGUAGCUGUUGGGUAUCAUGAAAAUUCACUCUCUGCAGAGAUUUAUUUUACUUUAAAGUGUAUUGCCAAUAGUAAAAAGGAAACGGUGAAAUUCUUUAAUACUUGCAACUGCUUAAAAAAAAAAAAAAAAAAAAAGCCUGUAUCAAUGAGAGCACAGCCUCAAUAUUUUUAAACACUAAUAGUGUUAUUUCAAAGAGGGGGGCUCUCGGCACAGUGCUCUGUGUGCCCUGGGCCCCAGCUCUGCCAACAGUUAUACCCGUGCUUAUGGGAGGUCCGGGCUGGCCGGCAAAGGCCGCUCGCUUGGGAGCUCGCUGUGAAGCACGCGUAUAAAUCUUUGUGAAAUUGAAGCUUGGUUCAGUCAGGGCCAGAUCCUGACCUCGAUCAGGCAGCUGGAAAAAUCUUGGGGUUUGUCCAGAUUCGCCAGGGCGGAAGCCCCAGGCGAGUGGGGGGGGGAAUUUGGCCCGUUGAAACACUUCUGCUGUCCCAGGAACUCCACAAAUGGCAAAACGGGACACGCGCUUGUACAAACAAUUUCCAUUUCUUCCCUCCCCAUCAUCACAGGUAACAGCAGAGUCUGCUCUGGGCUCUGGCCAGUGCUGAUGUGAAAAGCAAGGGGAAAGAACGAAGACCAGAGUGCUGGCAGUAAUUUCCUUUCCUCUGGUUUCUCCAACCCUCCCACCCCCGCAAAUCCUGCAAUACAUCGCAAACCGAGAAUUUGUUGAUGCAGAUAUGCAUACGUGCACACACACCCCCAGACAGAAGUGUCUGUUUGCACACGAAUAAAUAUGUGUGAAUUUUUUUUUCUGCGUAUGCCUACACGUCCACUUGAUUCCCUGUCCUGGGGACAGCCUUGCUUUGUCUCGAUAGGGAAAUUCCAAACGCGUUGCACACCUCUACUCCAGAGUUCAAUUUCUUUUACAUAGACGACCUCGCUUCAGAUGUGUUACCUUUACUGAUAGGAUCUUUUCUUGUAGCACUAUACCUUGUGGGAAUAUUUUUUGAUGUAAACCUAAUUUGAGAAGCUUAUUAAAAAUAGAAACUUUUUUUGAAGCACUCACAUUGAGGAGUACAGGUAAUGUUUUAAAAAAAUUGCACAAAAGAAAAAUGAAUGUUGGAAUGAUUCAUUCAGUGUUUGAAAAAGAGAUGGCUCUGUUUGAACAGUGAGUUUCAUACCUUGUUUGUAAAAAAAAAAAAAGUUUUUAAAUACAAAAGCAGAGAAAGGUUGAAAGUUACAUGUUUUUUGUAUAUAGAAAAUGUCAUGUCUAGAUGAUCUGAUUUGUAUUGGCUUUGGCCAGGAAGAAUUAUUACUUAAAAGGCUCUUAAAGAACAACUGUGCUUAAUUUUCUGUUCGUAUUACAUGGGUCCCAUUUUUGGGGAAUGGAGUCAUGCUUCACACUGUUUAUUCCUGUGCUGAAAAUAUACCUUGGAGCAGCAAAUCUCGAGUGCAGCUACUGGGCACUUCAAAGGGUGGCUACUGUGCAAACCUAGAGUCUCACCUCCAGCUCUAUUUUGGCUUUAAGUCUCUCCUGCCUGCGCCGAGGGACCCCCUGGCAGCCCACAGGGCAAGGCCAGAUUUGAGGGGACCUCCGCCGUGCCCAUCCCAGGUUGUGCUGGGCUGUGCUGGCCGCGGUGUCGGGGCCCUGUGGGGGCCAGGGCCGGCAGCGCUGCAGCAGCCCUCGGGUGACCGAGCCGCUGCCAGCUGAGCGCGACCUUAGUUCCCGCCUGAAGCCUUUCGGUCCCGUUUUUGGUUGGUUUUUUUUUUUUUUCCCCUCUCUCUGGGAUGCUGUUCCACAUUUUUUCAGCACUUCCUGUUCCAGACAAAACCCAAAGAGUAUAACCCUGAGCAAGAAGUGCUUAUGACAAGGGAUCCUACCCAGCGCUCGCAGCAGAGUGAUACCCAAGGCGACCCGGCCUUCCAGCCCCUGCCACUGCCCCCUCUCCCCCACCUCUGCUUUCAGAGCCGUCGGGAGCAGUUGGUCACACGGAGCACGUUCCCAGUGAUGGUCUUGACUGAUGGCGAGACCAGUGUUUUUCAGAAGCCAAAAAGGAGAGGAUCCUGAAGCAGUUUCUGAGGAGAGGGUUCUUUUCCUGUCCAAAGAUUGAGCUGGGCAGCUGGGAGCCGGUGGCAAGGAGGAGCGGGGGAAGUGUCAGGCUGCUCCUGUCCCCCUGCCCCGGGGUAACCCAGGCUUUGGCUCCCGCAGGCACGUGGGGCAGAAACACUCGCCCUGUCCAAGUGACUCCCAGCCACUCGGAAAACCGGCCCCAGUUGUGUUACGACGAAGUGCAUUCAGCCAACUGGUAGUAUUUAUACAAUAACAGUCUCUAAGGUUUCUGUAGUUUUUUUCUUGUCGUUAGCUGAAAGGACUCAAGUCUUCCACUGAGGAUUUUACGGAGGCUUCAUCCAAGGUUGGUUUUUGGGUUUGGUUUUUUUUUUGUUAGUUUCUAUUUUGAGCGGUCAAAGCUCCUGCGCCCUUUCCCUCGACCGCGCAGUAGGUAUGCAUUGGAAGUGUUUGCAGCGAGCGUUAGUCACUCGUUGAAGCUGUCGUGGCUGUACUACGGGAUUGCUGACGAGCAGAAACUUCAGGGCCCAGAUCCUCGGCCGGUGCGGUGCUGGUGUGGGACCGCCGGCUCCCCGGGCAGCGCUGCUCUGCCCCUUCACACCAGCCAGCGAGGGGAUCCUGCCCUGGUGUUUGCUUUAAAAAAAAAUCCAGGACCCACGUACCCUCCUUUUGAAGAUGCUCUGCAGAACUCCUGUCCAAGUCAGUCGGGUUUGGAUCCGCGUAGCCGAGGGCAAAAACGGGCCGGGGGCAGCUGCGGGUGGCUCGGUCGGUGUCUUCUGCCUGGCCACUGAGCGGCCUCUUAGCGAAGUUACUAAUCUCUUAAGGCAUAGUAGAUACGACUCUUCACGACAGUCAGCUAAUGUUGAAACUCACUAAUGUAUGUAUUUGCUCUUUUUUUUUGUUGUUGUUGUUGUUGGAAUAAUAUAUUAACUUGUUGAACACUGCUCUUUUGCAGUGUUACAAAGGGGAGGGGGCGGGGGGGGGAGGGAUUUCCCAACCUUUUUCAGUUUGGGUGAGCUACUGAAAAUCAUUUUGUACUAGCUAUGUCACCGCUCCCGGCAGCCGGCUGCGGCGCUUGGCGCGGGGCCGUGCCCGGGUAAGGUUUAGCCAUUCUACAGCGGUAAUUUUUAAGGUCUUUCUUUUUUUUGGUUUUGGUUUUUUUGGGGUUUGUUUUGUUUUGUUUAAAUCGUCUGGUAUUACUAAUGAGGGUUGUUGCAAAUCACACUUCCAGUGUAGUUCCUAGCGUAGGCCCAGUAAAAGGGAUAUCGCAGCUUUGUGUUGGGGAGAAAUCAAGCUGACAUGGCCAGUACAAAGGAGAAAUAGGGAGGGAAUAACGUUUUGCACCUUAUUGAAAAGAGGAGAUUUUAAGUGCAUACAGACAUAGUUAAGAGCUUUUAUUGUGACAGGAGAACUUUUUUCCAUAUGCGUGCAUACUCUCUGUAAUUCCAGUGUAAAAUAUUGUACUUGCACUAGCUUUUUUAAAACAAAUAUUAAAAAAAAUGGAAGAAUUCAUAUUCUAUUUUCUAAUGGUGGUGUGUCUAUUUGUAGGAUACACUCGCGUCUGUUUAUUGAAUUUUAUGGUCCCUUUCUUUGAUGGUGCUUGCAGGUUUUCUAGGUAGAAAUUAUUUCAUUAUUAUAAUAAAACAAUGUUUGAUUCAAAAUUUGAACAAAAUUGUUUUAAAGAAAUUGUCUGUAUACCAGUACAAGUUUAUUGUUUCAGUAUACUCGUACUAAUAAAAUAACAGUGCCAAUUGCAAA